GCGGACGGGCUGGCGGCGCGCGUGGUGCUGUGCGGCGGCGGCAAGAUGGCGGCGCACGGGGGCUCUGCGGCCUCCGCGGCGCUGAAGGGGUUAAUCCAGCAGUUCACCGCCAUCACGGGUGCCAGUGAAAGCGUGGGAAAGCACAUGCUUGAAGCAUGCAACAAUAAUCUGGAGAUGGCUGUCACCAUGUUUCUGGAUGGUGGAGGCAUAGCAGAGGAGCCUAGCACCAGUUCUGCAGGGGUGUCUGCUGUUCGACCACAUGCUGAGGAUGAAGUACGAGCUCCAAUUCCUCAGAAACAGGAAAUUUUAGUAGAGCCUGAGCCCUUGUUUGGAGCUCCUAAGAGACGCAGACCUGCGCGCUCAAUAUUUGACGGCUUUCGAGAUUUUCAAACAGAAACCAUUCGACAGGAACAGGAGCUACGGAAUGGAGGAGCAGUAGAUAAGAAACUCACUACGCUAGCAGACCUCUUCAGGCCUCCUAUUGACCUGAUGCACAAAGGCAGCUUUGAAACGGCCAAGGAGUGUGGUCAGAUGCAGAACAAAUGGCUCAUGAUAAACAUUCAGAAUGUGCAAGAUUUUGCCUGUCAGUGUCUCAACCGUGAUGUCUGGAGCAAUGAGGCUGUGAAGAACAUCAUACGAGAACAUUUCAUUUUCUGGCAGGUAUACCAUGACAGUGAGGAAGGGCAGAGGUAUAUACAGUUUUACAAGUUAGCAGACUUCCCUUAUGUCUCCAUCCUGGAUCCCAGGACAGGCCAGAAACUAGUGGAGUGGCACCAGCUAGAUGUGACUUCCUUCUUAGACCAAGUGACUGGGUUCCUGAGUGAGCAUGGACAGCUGGAUGGCCAUUCUUCCAGCCCUCCCCAGAAGUGCUCUCGUUCAGAGAGCCUGAUUGACGCCAGCGAGGACAGCCAGCUGGAAGCUGCUAUCAGAGCCUCCCUGCAGGAGACGCACUUCGAUUCCUCACAGGCCAAGCAGGAGAGCCGCUCGGACGAGGAGUCGGAGUCGGAGCUCUUCUCCGGCAGCGAGGAGUUCAUCUCGGUCUGUGGAUCAGAGGAGGAGGAGGAAUCAGAGAAUCCUGCCAAGCUGAGGAAGUCUCCACACAAAGACUUAGGGUGUAAGAAGGAGGAGAGCCGGAGGCCUCAGCCUGAGGCUCCUGCAAGGACUGACCCUGGGACAACAUCAAAUCACAGAGCACUGCCCUGCAUUGAUGCAGGGACGCUGGAGGAGUCAGCUGAGAAGCCUGAAAGUACCCUUCAGGGCCUGGAUGUGAAUGGACCAAAGGCACAGCUGAUGCUAAGGUAUCCAGAUGGAAAGAGGGAACAAAUUUCACUGCCUGAACAAGCUAAACUUCUGGCUCUUGUGAAGCAUGUCCAGUCAAAAGGAUACCCCAAUGAACGCUUCGAGCUCCUCACCAACUUCCCUCGAAGGAAACUCUCCCACCUGGACUAUGAGAUCACGUUACAGGAAGCAGGCCUGUGUCCUCAAGAGACUGUCUUUGUGCAGGAACGGAAUUAGCACUGUGGGCUGAGCUCUCCCAGCCUUCCUCCCCUUUCUUCUUUGCCUGGGACACCAACUCAUUAAAAAUGCAGUUGAGGGUCAUAGGAUUGCAGUACUGAAAUCAGGCAGGCAGCUGGCCCUUCUCUCUCUUCUUCCCUUCUGCUCUAGUGACCAAAUGAGAGUGUUUGGAGUUUUGUUUUCCUCCUUAGCUUGGGCUCUGCAGUUCCCUGGAGCACAACUUUCCUUUGUUUUCUUGGCUUAAAGUCACAUGAUGACCUGUGCACCCAGUGUGCUGGGGCUUGGAGUGGCCAUAGGACACCUCCCCUGCUCACUGCUCCUCUGAAAUCUGGUUUGUUUAAUUUAUUUUUAAGUACUGUGUGGUAAGGCACUGAGUCAUCUCUCUGUAAGGAGAGAACAGAAUCUUCAGCACAGUCUUUCCUCUGGUUUGAUUCUCUACUUGAAAGGUCUCCAUUAACCUUAACAGGCUUCUCAAGGGUUCUCUGCAAAAACUGGGAAGGAGCUGACUUGACCUUCAUCCACUUUAAAAUCUUCUAGACUGCAUGCAUGUUUUUGGCCUGGUUAAAUGCUGCCUGUGGGCAUAGUGAAAAACCCAACCAACCAACCAAGAAAACUACCAAAACUCAACUGCACUCUCUAGGAGAUUGAUUGCUUGGCCCGGGGGGAGAAAGCUGCAUGUCCACUGCUGGAGCAGAGCUGACUCCUUGGUAGAAGUAGAUGGAGUUUCCAUUUAUUCUUUUUCCAGCACCCCCUUGCUGUCCACUUCUUACUUGAUCUCAGGAUUUUGCUAAUGAUGGUGAAAGGUGAGAGGAUACUGUACAGGUCUUGGACCCUCUGGAAAACACCUGUCAUAACCCCCUGACGGUUAGUUGGCUUUUUCUCUCUGCAUGGUGUUGUGUCUUGUUUUUCCCAGGAGUGAGUAGAUUGGCAGGGGCUUUAUUGAGCACUGCCUGCAGCUGAGCAGGACAGCAGGGGCUAGGCAGCUUUUCUUUCAUGAAUUCCAAAUGCAGACAGCUUUGGCAAACUGUGGAACAAGUAAUGCUUUAUAAAAGGCUUCACUGCUGCUGCCUUCACUGGUGGCUUAAACACCCUAGGCUGCUUUUAACUUGCACUUUCAUGUUCAUGCACUGUUGCUUAGCUCUCAAUAUGGAAAGCUGCUCUAUGAUUUAGGCUUUCUUUUCCCCUCUGGAAGCUGGCACAUAAAGUCCCACAGUCAUAUGCUGGGCUGUGCAGUAGGCUGUGUGUUCCCAAUGUCGUCUUUAGACAUUGAGCUAUUGGUUAGUUGCUGGUAGAGAAGGUUUUACAGUGUCACAGUAGUUAACUUAACACAGCCAUCCUGCAGGUGGGUGUCAGAUUUGUUUAUUUCCAGCUAAGAGUUUAGUAUGCUUUUCAUCAGUGAAAAGCAGGUGAAACCUACCAGAACUGCUAGCCUUCUCUCUGUCAGGUGAUUGUACUUGUUAAACAGAAAGAUUUUAGUGCUCAGAAGUCUGCCACAGACUAAAACUUUUCAAGGUACUUUGCCUUUAAUUUCAUACUAACCUGCAUAUUUCUGUGAUGGAGGACAUGACAUAAAGUAUCGUGCAUUCCCCAGAAGCAUAUUGGCUCACAACUCUCUUUUGCUGAUAGUGAAAGUUUUUCAUGCAGUCAUAGAAUUGUAUAGGUUGGGUUUGUGUUCUACACAUCCUGUGUCCAGGAUGAGCAAAACCUGAUGGCAGUUUUCUGAUGCUACAUCAGGUGUCAUGUUUUGUUUCUAAAGAGAUCAUGCCAUGGAGGCUGCUUCCCAGUCUUGGGAAGUGAAUCACAAGGCCAGCAAGGAGAGUGGGCUGUUGGUGUUUGGCUUGUCAAGGAGUAGUAGCAUGUCUAGGGUGAAGGAUCCUUAGUGUUACUAGGAUAGGGUAUGAGAGAGUAGGACAGAAAGAAAACCCUUUAAUGCUUCCCUACAUAGCAUCAGCUGUCUGGCUGAAAUAACUCACUCUGACAAUUGUUGCCUUGAAACUCAUUGCUUCUUCUGUGGUUAGCCACGGGAAAAUUAAGGCAGGCUGCCAGCAGGAUAUGCAGUACCCAACACAAGUAUAGGUAGUCCUUUCAUGUCCCUCAGGCAGACUAGGAUAGGGGUGCACUGGCUUUCCCUACCUGUUCCUGUCAGUGUAAGGCAGGGAGCCUUUGUGCUUCUACUGAGUUGUUGCUGGUUGGCUGUGAUGGCAGGUGGAGAGUCAGCUCAUUUUCAUAGUUUGGGUUUGCAUCUGCUGAGGGAACAUUGCUUCAUGUAAUCUUUUCUAGCAGGGAAGCUAAACACACAAAGUGGUCUUUACCUUUUCAGUCACAGCUCUGUUUUAUUGGUAGCCAAGAGCAUGAACCUGCAUCGGUUCUGUGCAUGGAGAUGCUGUGCACUGUGUGCUCCCAGGCUGGGAACCCCUUAUCCCUUCUUGCCUUUCUUAUCCCUUCUUGCCUUUCUUAUCCCUUCCUUCCUUUCCUAUCCCUUCCUUCCUUUCCUAUCCCUUCCUUCCUUUCCUAUCCCUUCCUUCCUUUCCUAUCCCUUCCUUCCUUUCCUAUCCCUUCCUUCCUUUCCUAUCCCUUCCUUCCUUUCCUAUCCCUUCCUUCCUUUCUUAUCCCUUCCUUCCUUUCUUAUCCCUUCUUGCCUUUCUUAUCCCUUCCUUUCUUAUUCUUUCUUGCCUUUCUUAUCCCUUCUUGCCUUUCUUACCCCUUCUUGCCUUUCUUACCCCUUCUUGCCUUUCUUACCCCUUCUUGCCUUUCUUACCCCUUCUUGCCUUUCUUACCCCUUCUUGCCUUUCUUACCCCUUCUUGCCUUUCUUACCCCUUCCUUCCUUUCUUACCCCUUCCUUCCUUUCUUAUCCCUUCCUUCCUUUCUUAUCCCUUCCUUCCUUUCUUAUCCCUUCCUUCCUUUCUUAUCCCUUCCUUCCUUUCUUACUCCUCCAGAGCUAAGCCUGUGAGCUGCAGAGCAGCAAGUGACUGACAAUUCCUGUCUUGCCUUCUCUGCUCACCUGUAAGGAGAGGAGCAACUUUACACUCCUCAUCUUGCCAUCAAAACCAAAACUGAGAGCUGGAGGUUUGUUAACUUUUCGUGGCUUUUGUCUUGCCAGGAUCAGCUCAGUGCCUCUCUCAUGAGGAACUAAACACUGCACUUGGCUGCUUCAAGUUUAAGCCAUCAAGAAACAUGCCUCUCUAGUAUGGUCAGCCUGUGCCUGCUGCUAUAGUG